AUGAGUUGUAGCGUCAUGGGACUAGCGUCGCCGUUGAGAUCAGUCAAGCAGCAGUAUCAAUCCUACGGAGAAAGAAUCAGAGUUGCCCCAGCGGCCUCGUGGAAGUUUCUACGGGACGAUGAACCGGUGAUCUUGAUGGGUCUUUUCCCAAGAAACCUUGCCAAAUUCCAGGGACCAUGGCAUCAACCUCGUGGAAAAGUAUAUGACGAAGCACUUGAUAAGCAUUUUGACAGGGAUAAUUGA